AUGUCCGCAGACGCCGCAGGCUUUUCGACGGAUGGUGCGGGCGCUGCCGCCAGCGCCCACGAGCAGUUUCUCUCUCUGACGUGCAUGAGGUGCCAGGAGCCGACCACCAUGGCGGACUCCUACCCCUCGGGGCGCACUGCUGACUUCAAGAAGAAGAAGGAGUCGAAAGUGCCGCUGGCUAAGGACGACGUGAACGUGAAGGCGAAUAUCAACAAGCUGUCCCCGGACGAGAGAGUGGAUUUCUACCGCGCCGAGAAGGCCAAGGAUGGCCCCGGCAAUGCGAAGCGCAGUUUCGUGGGCGUCAAGGGCUCCAUCGAGCAUGGCAAGGUGGAGUCCUUGUCGCGCGACGAACUGAACACGUUCGAGACGUUUGAGGACUGCGCUUUCAGGCAGAUCGGCCUGGAACGCUGUGAAGAUGAGGAAGGUGCAAAGCGCUUGUGGCUCCAAGCCUUGAGCGAUCCUGAGAAGCAGAAUAUUAAGAUCCGCGGCCAGUGGCUGCUCUGGAAGUUCGGCGGCAGCAACGCGCGCAACGCGGUGUCCGACGUGUUGAGGAACGCCUUGACGCAGGCGCAGAUGAUCGGCAGCAAGGAUGGCCUGGAUGAGUUUCUGAAAGGGAGCAGUGACCUGCAGGCGCGUCGCGAGAAGAGGAUCAAAAAGGACUUCCAGGUUCAGGCCGGCGCCUCGGAGCCAGGGGCCGAGGACUUCGACGUCGAGGGUGGCGUGGCGCUCGACGACGGAAUGAUCAGCGACAAAGCGGCCAUGAAGACGAUUUCCGCGCAGCUCAUCAACAAGGCCAAGGAUUCGGCCGACCAGGAGAGGGGCAUCAUCCAAGCAGCGCAGGCCCAGGCGCAGGCGAAAGGACCUGCUGCACCUGAACCAUCUCCGGCCAAGAAGCCCAAGACGUCAGUCUUUGUGGCAAAGAUGGGCCUGGAGCCCACGGUCACCGCCCAGCGCGCCCACGUGGAUAACAAGGUCGAGACGGCCAAGGAGAAGUUCUACUCAGAGGCGACCGACGGUUUGAAGUGUUAUGUGGGCGAAGACGGGAGGGCGGAGUUCGAGGAUAUGACAGAUGUUUUCGACCAGAAGUUCGAUGGGUAUGCCCAGCAGGCCGAGAAAACGGAUAAUGAUAUCAAAGCUGCGUUGCAGAAUCUGACCGCCGACCUCGACGCGGAUGCCAUCCUCGACAAAAGAGCAGAAGUGAUGGCCGUCGCGAAGGCUUUCGCUGAGGCUGAACAUGAUCCCGUCGAAGACAUCGCGAACGCCGUCGGCGCUAUGAUCGCCAAUUUCAAGAGCUACGCCAAGAAGGCCAAGGAGGCGGCAGAGAAGAGGGGCCAG